AUGAUCAUUGCUAAUCAGUUUCGAGUACCAGCUGGCUGCACUGCUCAUUUGAGGAGGGCAUUUUCCUCAACUAGCAGGACGCUUUCACAUGACAACCCAUUGGGACUUCCCCGUUCCGGCACACCACCCUCUUUCCGAAGUCGGCGAGGGGUACCUGAGAAGCGCAAGAUUCGGGAUGUUAAGAAGGUAGUUGCAGUCUCUUCGGCAAAGGGAGGUGUAGGGAAAUCAACAGUUGCGGAUAACUGCUUGGUACCGCUCACAAAUUAUGGCCUCAAGUCAAUGUCAAUGGGCUAUCUAUUACCACAAACUCAAGCCGACAGUGAAACAGGGGAAGUACCCAUGGACACAACGCCGAUAUCUUGGCGUGGACUGAUGGUAACAAAAGCCAUGCACCAACUUCUUCAUUCCGUCUCCUGGGGUCCUUUAGAUGUCCUGGUUCUGGAUCUUCCACCAGGUACCGGUGAUGUCCAACUCACCAUCAACCAAGAAAUCAUCAUCGAUGGCUCAGUCAUUGUAACAACGCCGCAAGAUAUCGCUCUCCGCGAUGCAGUCCGUGGGUUUGGCAUGUUUCAGCGCAUGGAUGUUCCUGUUCUCGGCAUGGUCCGCAAUAUGGCUUAUUUUGCCUGUCCAAACUGUGGGCACCAGACUCGUAUUUUCUCGCAUGGUGAAGCUCAUGGUUCGAAUUGCGAAGAUCACGGGGUGGUAGCAGAGUGCAAACGUUUGGGUGUCGAUUUCCUCGGCGAUAUCCCCCUCGAUGCACAGGUGUGCGAAGAUGCUGAUCGGGGAAUGCCAACUGUUGUGGCCGAAGAGUCGACAGAGCGAAGUGCUAGGCGAGAUGCCUUUCUCAGUGUUGCCGAGCAAGUAGCACGCAAGAUCGGCUUAGAGUGGAAGUAA